GGUCUCAUGGGUGGCAUCGUCAUUAAUGGGCCAGCAACUGCCAACUAUGACAAGGAUCUCGGAAAUCUCUUCUUGAACGACUGUUCUCACCAGACCGCAGAUGAUUUAGCCAUCGAUGCGACAGCAAGUGGUCCCCCAACUCUCGAUAAUUGUCUUAUCAAUGGCACAAAUACCUGGACUGAGGACGAUCGCAUAGCUUUUGGAUCGCGUUUUGAAACUACAUUCGAUUCUGGAGCACGUUAUGGUGUCUGUCUUGUGAAUGGAGUCGCCGACACUCAUUUCAGAUUCAUGAUCGAUAACCAUACCUUGGAAAUUAUCGCUGCUGGCUUUGUUCCCACUAUUCCUUACAACACGGCUACAUUGAGCAUUGUAAUGGGAUAGCACUAUGAUAUUGUUGUCAUAGCUACUGAGGAAACUGACAAUUCCUGGCUCAGAGGCAUUCCGCUGGAAUCUUGCUCAGAGAAUGACAAUUUCGAUAAUGUUCUUGGCAUAGUCCGUUAUGAUAGCACAUCAAUCGAUGACCCGACCACUUCUACUUAUGCUUUCACAGACUCUUGCAAUGAUGAGGCAUUUGGUACAGUUGUUCCAUACCUUGCUCUUGCUACAUCUACUGCAGAUUUUGAGGAUGAUGAGGCGGUCACUCUUUCCAAAGUUGACAACACU